AUGAGAGGCACACUGCGGGCUCGUCUCCUGGCCAUCUCUCUCCUCUGCCUCCUCUCCAAGGUGUCUGCGCAGCUGUGCCGCACCCCGUGCACCUGUCCUUGGCCACCACCCCGCUGCCCACAGGGGGUACCCCUGGUGCUCGAUGGCUGUGGCUGUUGUCGGGUUUGUGCGAGGAGACUGGGGGAGUCCUGCGACCACAUCCACAUCUGCGACUCCAGCCAGGGUCUCGUCUGCCAGCUCGGGGCGGGCCCUGGCAGCCAGAGGGGCGUGUGCCUGGUGGGGGACGAUGAUGAUGGAAGCUGCGAGGUGAACGGGAGGCUGUACCGGGACGGGGAGGCCUUCCAGCCUCACUGCAGGAUCCUCUGCCGCUGCGAGGAUGGUGGCUUCACCUGCCUGCCACUGUGUCGUGAGGACGUGCGACUGCCUAGCUGGGACUGCCCCCGGCCCCGCAGGGUGGAGGUCCCCGGCCGGUGCUGUCCUGAGUGGGUGUGUGACCAGGAAGUGGGCCUGGGGGCCCCGCACCUCUCCACACAAGGACGCCAGCUUUCAGCCCUUGGUGUCUCCUGCCCAGAAUGGAGCACAGCCUGGGGCCCCUGCUCCACCACCUGUGGGCUGGGCGUGGCCACCCGGGUGUCCAAUCAGAACCGUUUCUGCCAGCUGGAGACCCAGCGUCGCCUGUGCCUGCCCAGGCCCUGCCCACCAGCCAGGGGGCACAGCCCACCCACAGUGCCUCCUAGAGCUGGCUGGGGAUGGAGAUGAGGUACCCCUGUCCCCAGCAGGCAACUCUGUACCCAGGCUUGGACCCAGAGCUGAUGGCAUCUGCCCAAAUCCUGGCUGCAGGUGACACCACCCAG